GACGCCCGCCUGGCAGGAAGCGGCCCCUACGGGCUUCCGAGCCCCCGGGUGACCUGCGGCGACGAUUUUCAUCUCCUGCUUCGGCCCGGCCGCUGGGUUCGGGCAGGGACCGCAGCCACGUGCCCCUGCCCCUCCCUGGGAGCCUCCGAGGUCUCCAUGGCCUCACCCACCUCCAUCAACCCAGCACAUGCCCACUUUGAGAGCGUCCUGCAGGCCCAGCUGUGCCAGGAUGUGCUGAGCAGCUUCCAGGGGCUAUGCAGGGCCCUGGGGCUGGAGCCCGGUGGGGGGCUGCCCCAGUACCACAAGAUCAAGGCCCAGCUCAACUACUGGAGUGCCAAGUCGCUGUGGGCCAAGCUGGACAAGAGAGCAAGCCAGCCUGUCUACCAGCAGGGCCGGGCCUGCACCGGCACUAAGUGCCUGGUGGUGGGUGCUGGACCUUGUGGGCUGCGGGCUGCUGUGGAGCUGGCGAUGCUUGGGGCCCGAGUGGUGCUGGUGGAAAAGCGCACCAAGUUCUCUCGUCACAACGUGCUCCACCUCUGGCCCUUCACUAUCCAUGACCUUCGGGCACUCGGCGCCAAGAAGUUCUAUGGGCGCUUCUGCACAGGCUCCCUGGACCACAUCAGCAUCCGGCAACUUCAGCUGCUUUUGUUGAAAGUUGCAUUACUGCUGGGGGUGGAAAUUCACUGGGGUGUCACUUUCACUGGCCUUCAGCCCCCUCCCAGAAAGGGGGCCCCUUCAGAUUUCCACACCUUUGUGCCACUCACACCCUCUGCCCCAGGGAGUGGUUGGCGUGCCCAGCUCCAGCCCAGCCCCCCAGCCCAACUGGCCAACUAUGAAUUUGAUGUCCUCAUCUCUGCAGCUGGAGGUAAAUUCGUCCCUGAAGGCUUCACAGUGCGGGAAAUGCGUGGCAAACUGGCCAUUGGCAUCACGGCCAACUUUGUGAACGGGCGCACGGUGGAAGAGACACAGGUGCCCGAGAUCAGCGGCGUGGCCAGGAUCUACAACCAGAGCUUCUUCCAGAGCCUGCUUAAAGCCACAGGCAUUGAUCUGGAGAACAUCGUGUACUACAAGGAUGACACCCACUACUUUGUGAUGACAGCCAAGAAGCAGUGCCUGCUACGGCUGGGGGUGCUGCGUCAGGACUGGCCGGAGACCGACCGGCUGCUGGGCAGCGCCAACGUGGCGCCCGAGGCUUUGCAGCGCUUUGCUCGGGCAGCUGCCGACUUCGCCACCCACGGCAAGCUUGGGAAGCUGGAGUUUGCCCAGGAUGCCCACGGGCGGCCCGACGUCUCUGCCUUUGACUUCACAAGCAUGAUGCGGGCAGAGAGCUCUGCUCGGGUACAGGAGAAGCAUGGCGCCCGCCUGCUGCUGGGGCUGGUUGGGGACUGCCUGGUGGAGCCCUUCUGGCCCCUGGGCACUGGAGUGGCCCGGGGCUUUUUGGCAGCCUUUGACGCCGCCUGGAUGGUGAAGCGCUGGGCAGAGGGCGCUGGGCCCCUAGAGGUGUUGGCAGAGAGAGAGAGCUUGUACCAGCUCCUGUCACAGACAUCCCCAGAAAACAUGCACCGCAAUGUGGCCCAGUAUGGGCUGGACCCAGCCUCCCGCUAUCCCAACCUGAACCUCCGGGCCGUGACCCCCAGUCAGGUACGAGACCUGUAUGAUGUGGAGGCCAAGGAGCCUGUGCAGAGAAUGAGUGACAAGACAGACUCAAGAAAGCCGGCCACUGGGUCGGUGGCCACCCAGGAGGAGCUGCUACACUGGUGCCAGGAGCAGACGGCUGGGUACCCAGGGGUCCACGUCACCGACCUGUCUUCCUCCUGGGCGGAUGGGCUGGCUCUGUGUGCCCUCGUGCACCGGCUGCGGCCCGGCCUGCUGGAACCCUCAGAGCUGCAGGGAGUCGGGGCUCUGGAAGCGACUUCUUGGGCGCUGAAGAUGGCAGAGCAUGAGCUGGGCAUCACGCCCGUGUUGUCCGCACAGGCAAUGGUGGCAGGGAAUGACCCACUGGGCCUCAUUGCCUACCUCAGCCACUUCCAUAGUGCCUUCAAGAGCACACCUCACAACCCAGCAGGCCCAGUCAGCCAAGGCUCCCCAGGCACUGCCAGCGCUGUGCUGUUCCUUGGCAAACUGCAGAGAACCCUGCAACGGACCCGGGCCCAGGGAAAUGGGGAGGAUGCUGGUGGCAAGAAGCCUCGUGUGGAGGUAGAGGCUGAGACCCCAAGUACUGAGGAGCCACCUGUCUCAGAGCCUGAUGUACCGGUGACACCCCCAUCCCAAUACCAGGAGGCCAGUGCCGAGGAUCUGUGUGCACUGUGUGGGGAACACCUCUAUAUCCUGGAACGCCUCUGUGCCAAUGGCCGUUUCUUCCACCGGAGCUGCUUCCGUUGCCAUAUCUGUGAGGCCACAUUAUGGCCAAGUGGCUACGGGCAGCACCCAGGAGAUGGACAUUUUUACUGCCUCCAGCACCUGCCCCAGCCAGGCCACAAAGAGGAUAGCAGCGACAGAGGCCCUGAGAGUCAGGACCUUCCGACACACAGUGAGAAUAACAUGCCAUCACGCCCCUCGAUUCCCGGGGCCCCCCAGGAGGGGACCACUCCUGUCCCAAGCCAGCCCACCCGUCAGCUGAUCCGCCUCUCCAGCCCAGAACGCCAGCGGUUAUCCUCCCUUCAUCUCAUCCCUGACCCGGAAAUGGAGGCUCCACCCAAGCCGCCCCGAAGCUGCUCCGUCUUGGCCCGCCAGGCCCUAGAGGGAAGCUUUGUGGGCUGGGGAAUGCCAGUCCAGAGCCCUCAAGUUCUUGUGGCCGUGGAGAAGGAGGAAGAAGAGAGUCCCUGCUCCAGUGACGAGGAAGCAGAGGAAGACGUGCCAUUGGACUCAGACACAGAACAGGUUCUGUGGAACUUGGCUAAGAACUCUGGCACCAUGAACAGUUACCCAACGUGGCGUCGGACUCUGCUGCGCCGUGCUAAGGAGGAGGAGAUGAAGCGGUUCUGCAAGGCUCAGGCCAUCCAACGGCGACAAAAUGAGAUCGAGGCUGCCCUGAGGGAGCUGGAGGCCAAGGGCACGGAGCUGGAGCUGGCUUUGAGGAGCCGGAGCAGUUCCCCCGAACAGCAAAAGGCACUAUGGCUAGAACAGUUGCUACAGCUUGUUCAGAAGAAAAAUAGCCUGGUGGCCGAGGAGGCUGAGCUCAUGAUCACGGUGCAGGAGCUGAAUUUGGAGGAGAAACAGUGGCAGCUGGACCAAGAACUGCGAACCUACAUGAACCGGGAAGAAACCCUGAAGACAGCUGCUGACCGGCAGGCUGAGGACCAGGUCCUGAGGAAGCUAGUGGACGUGGUGAACCAGCGAGAUGCCCUCAUCCGCUUCCAGGAGGAGCGCAGGCUCAGUGAGCUGGCCUCGGGGCCAGGGCCCCAGGGCUAGAAGAGGGUAGGCUGCCUGUCUUCUUCUCUGCAAGGAAGACUGCCUCACCCCAGGUCAGUGCCACCCUGUUCAUCAGGGCUGCCUGGGAGAGGCCUCACUGUUUACAAUAAAAAAGGCUUCUGCCGUAAA